AUGGCAAGACACUGCGCAAAGCGAGGCUUGGCCGCGAGGAAGUGCGCGUCCUCACCACACCACCAUGAGGGCGAGGAAGAGCAGGAGGAGGGAGAGGAAGGCUUCCAGGGAAACGGCGACGCCCCGCUGGAAGACAAGGCCGCGACGGACGCCGUCGAGGUGAGGACCAACGGGGUGGAUCUACAGGGGAGGCUUGAGGCGGAUUCCCGCGCGGCCUCUUUCUCUGCGUGCGAGGCGAGAGACACCGCGCGAACUGGCGACGCCUUUGCAUGCGUGGUGAAAGCAUACCCGAAGGAGACGGCGGAGUCCGACGCGAAAGCUGGACGGCGGCAGCCAUCAGCAGGGGGAGCCUCGAGAAGGGAGUGGUCGUGCGACCGCGAGAGACACAGCUCCGGAGGAACCACCGCGGUCAAUGAGACUUUGCUGGCGUCUCCUCGCCGUUCCGGGGACGACGGGGAGGACGUUAGGCAAGAUAGGCAAGCACGGAAACAGCCAGACGUCUUAGGAGCAGCAGGCAGGGACGAAGGAACCAGACUCACGUGUGAGACAGCGCGAGAGGAAGAGAUACGUGGACAGAGGGAGGGAAGGGAAGGGAGAGGAACGCGCUCGGAGAGAGCAGGAAGGGGUGAGAAUUCGACUGAAGACGAGGCUGGAGGCAGACGAGGUGAAGAAGACUUCGAGGGAGAACAGAGACCACAGGAUGCGGGGACAGGGUCUCCUCUCGAAAUUGGGUGUUGCACAGGAGACAGCGAAGACGGACAACAAGGAGACGAGGCAGGCGGAACAGGAAUGGGAAAAGGCCCCUCAGAGCAGAGGGGCGGCGAGGACGAACAAAGGGUGCCAGGGGGAGAAGAAGGGGCGAGAACGGAGGAGACAGCCGAACUGAAGGAUGGAGCAACAGAGGACGAGGGGUCGGCUGCAGUCGAACGGACUGGGACGCCCAGUGCAUGCGAAGACAGAGCAGAGAGUAGAUUUGGGAAGGUUGGAGACUCGACGGCGUGUGACAACUGCGGACCACGCGAAAAGGCUGAGGAGGAAGGCGAUGAACCAGAGGAGAGGAGCGUAAGAACUUGGAUUGGAAAGAAGUGGGAAAGCGGGGCCGUGAAGGCCGUGGCCCAGAUUUGCAAGAGGCGGCAGCUGGAUCCGCAGGCGUCUUUUUUGUCUGCUUCAGUGGAGAGCAGCGAUGAGCAAGAAGACGGAUCCGAGGAAGAAGAGAAGGGUGAAGGAUUUGAAGAAGGCGAUGAUGAUGGAGAAGCUGGAGAAGAGGAAGAGGAGGAAAGUGGAGCGGCCGAAGGGGAAGAGGAAAGUUUUUCGAGAGAGGAAACAGGCACCGCCGACGAACACCGUGCAGCCGGGAACGCCCGCGAGGGUGAACCUUCGAGGCAACCUCGCGCGGCAGAUGGCGGUGCGUUUGAGGAAGGCAGCAGGUUCUCCUUCACGCGAGCGUACGCGUUAAGGGACGCGAAUCGGCUCUCUCGCGUCUCGUGCGUCCAGCGGUGUUGUCAAGAGUGCACCGAGCCUGUCCUUCAACUUUUGUCUUGCGCGUACCUGGUGCGGCUUUUCUGCUGGAGAGAGGAAGAGCGCGACCGCGCCUUCCCCGUUCACCCCGAGACUCUGGUGACUCUCAUCAGAGCGCUGUCGCUCCAUCGCCAGCACCUCGUUCGUCUCCACAGAGUCCAUUUUCCUUCUCUCGACCUUGCGCUGCUGGCUCUGUCGCGCCUCUACGCGCAGAGUGUGGCGCUCUUCCAGGUCCUCCCCGUCUUCCGCGGGCUGCUCCGGUCAGAGUUUACCGGCUCUGUGUCUCUCGUGCUCCACGUGCGGUCGCCCUUCCCGCUUCUUCCUGGCAAAGACACGCCAAUGCACGCGCGGGCGGGUGCGCAGGCAUCCCCGGAGGCCCGAGGCCGUCGCAGGCAGGUUGCAACCGACUCGAGGCCGUCUGACUGUUUCGCGCGCUGCUCUGGGUCUCAAUUCUUUCAGACGCCCUCUGGGUCGGGCGACGCCUGGGGCAUCGGCAGGAGCUCCAGCGCCUCGUUGGGGUCUUCCUGCGUCUCUGCCUGCGCGGCCUCUUCGUCUUUUCUCUGGCGGCCUGUGGCCGUUAGCUCGUGGCUGGGUCUUUCGUUCUUCUCACGGCCUUCACGGCUCGAGCGGUCCCGCGCGGCAGCCUGCAUUCGCGCGCGUGAUGCUGCGCACGAGGCGCUCCAGGCGCUGGCUUCCUUUCGACGCGCCCCGGAGGUGAACCGCGGAUUCUCCGUGAACCUGUCGAGAACGGGGCUCGACCGCCCGCACUCCUCGUCAGUUCCUGUCCCUUGUUCGUUUUCUCUCGCGACCUGGUCGCCUGCCGUCCUCUCUCGGCUUCUGAUGCGCCUCUUGCACGCAGGCGGCGUCUCUUCUGUCUCGGCUGCUGGUCCCUCGGGCCGUUCUUCUACGUUCGGAGACUCCGGCGUCUCGGCGCCUCCGCCCUGUGUGCGGGGCGCCCGCUCUUUUUCGCCAUCCACGGCCGACAGGCCGCAUGCGGGGCCUCGGCAGACCGGCGCGGAGAGCCCAACAGACACCAGCAGGUCUUGGCGAGAAGAGCGCUUCGCUCUCCAGUCUUCUCCACUGGUGUCCAGAGUGGCGCUUCAACUCUGUCGCGCCGUGCUCUUCUCCUUCCACGCUGCACUGCGAAAGUUCAUGCUCGACGGAGAUGUCUCUCUCACGGACGCCCCCGCCGUUCUUCCCCUCACCGUCCAGCAAGCUGAGGCGGGCGCCUUCGCGCAUGCAAGGGUAGCUGCCGAGAUGGCUCGUCACUUCUCCGAGAUCGCCCAGUUGGUCUCGGAGGGUCGCGAGCGCCAGGCGUCGCCGAGGAGCGAAGAAGACGAGACGCGGUCUUCUCGCUUCCUUCUCGCCGACAGAGAAGCGUGCGCCAAAGCUGCACAGGCCCUCGCAGACGCCGCCGAAGGAGCCGCGUCGGCGGUCCGGCGCUCGGCGCAGGCCAACGGGGCUUCUGCUCCUUCUUUUUUCCCCAACUCAUUUUUUUCCGGAGGGGGGAGUCUGGAGCCGGGCACCCAGAGGCACGCUGCGGGGCGUGCAUGCGCGGCUAACGAAAGUUUCUUCUUUCUCGGGAAGGCGUACGCGUGGCGAGACCAGACUCGCGCAGGCGCUGCGGGGCCCGACGGUUCCAAUCUGGCCACGGACGUCUCGAGGCGAGAGGAAAGCGGCGAGAAAGAGAGAGAGAGAGAGGAGGGCUGGAGGCAAGGACGCCCGGACAGAACGCAUGCACAGCGCGCGAGGGCCAUCCAGUUGGCUUGCGAUGAAGAAGACUUGCUCUGCGCUCAGCUCAAUGCGCUGACGCAGCUGGUCCUCUUUUGCGCGCAAGUCGAGACUCCCCUCGCCGCCCUCGCGUCGGCGGACUCGGGGCGGAGACAGAGGGCGACAGUCGGGAGACGCUACACAGCCGAGCGGGAAGAGAAUCCACAUUGUGAAUCCGAGGGCUGCCUUCGCGAGGAGAGACGACUGUGCGGACUCCGAGCACGCGGCGAACGACGGACUUCCAACUCAGAGGGAGAGACUGACAGCAAACUGCAUGCAGGUGCCUGGACCGACGAGGAGCCGAAAAGAGCUUCCGAGUCACAGUAUCUCGCCAUGCAGAACGGCGGGCGGCCUGAGAACGCGAAGAUGUGGCGGCGGGACACGGAGCAGGCGUCUCGUUCUUCGCCUUCUCUCUCAGAAGCCGAGGCAGACGACGAAGGUGUCGAAGAAGAUGACGAAAAGAGCGCGGAAAGCAUGAGUUGGCGAGAAGAGUUGGGCACCGGGUUCGCUCGGGAGGCUCGACGCUUCGCAACCUUGGCGCAGGAGCUAAAGGAUCGCCUCGUCGGACUCAUCACCGCCGAGGCUGUGCACCUCAUCCGAUCCCACCCCUACGUUCCAGCUCUGCCGCUGACGAGCGUCUUCGCUUCCCUGUUGUCGCCCUCGCGCGUCGACGGGACGCCGUCGCUCCUGUCGGCCUCUCUGCGACUCCUUCCCCAGUGCAGAGCGGCGGUUUGGGAGGCGUCGAUGGCGCGUGUCGGCGAGUCCCUCGUCCACGCCGUUCUGCACACGCGGCUGCUGCCUCUGCGCUUUGCGUCUCUGGCGGCCCGCGUCUUGUCGCUGAACCGAGCGACAGAUCCCCCCGCCGAAAGCGCGGCGGAACUCCCCGACGUUUUCCUGACGUCGCCGGGGCACACGCGGAAGUUUCCGCGUGCACUUGCGCGCUUCCUCUCGACGGCUCGCGUCCUUUUGCUCGCCUACUGCUCAGCUCCGCUGGUGUUUGAUGCGCCUUCUGGACCCGCUGCGUCGUCUGCCUGCUCCAGGAUCGAUGGCCAGGGGCGCAGUGGGCGAUGCAGCCCGUCCGCACUUGCUGUCCAUCGCAGUGUCUCCUUUCUGAGAGACCUUGAGGCGUUCCUUCGCGCCCCGGCAGCAGCGAUUGAUGCGCCGCUUUCUCAGAUGGUGGAGAGGCGGUUUCCGUGCUUUGCGUCAGCGCUCUCGCCGCCCCGUCCCAGAUCCAACGACGAACCCGCUCGCCGUUCGUCGUCCCCCCAGGUCUCCCCACGGCCUGCGCUGGAAGCUCGGCGACGCCCGACGGCGGCUUCCGUGGAGGCUCGAAGCCUCGAGCCCUCUGGCAAAGAAGACUCAGACAGCCGCGCGGGCCGGCCAGCUUCCAGUUGGGCGUUUCAGUCUGUCUCCGCUCGCCCGAGCGCGAGCGGAGACAGACUCGCGGAAGGCGGGCGAGGAGCCGCAGGAGGCCUGGCAUCCGAAGACGGCGGCGUGCCGGGACAGGUUGCGGGCCGAUGGAGACAGUCCAUGCUUGUGGAAGAGGAGAGAACAGGGCGGAUUUCAGUGAGUCUCAGGACAGCUGAGGACUACGAGAAGGCAGUUCGCGUCGUCGAGGCCUUUCUUCAGUGUGGCGUGAAGGCUGAAAAGUUCGCAGCAGACCUUCUGCGACUGCGGCCAGAUUUGCCACGCGCAAGCAAGGAGGGGGCUCUCGCGGAAAUCUGCGAAAAGCUGGCUCGGGCGCGCCGGCAGGCCGCCCAGGCGCUGGCGGAGGCUCGCCGAGCCGUCGAGGCCCGCAGGGGCCGCGGAGACGGCUCCGGCGAAGCGGAGUGGGGCCCGAUGAGCGAGGAGGCAGCUUGUGACGAGAGGGCGGGGACGCCGAGACACGAGGAGACAUACAGCCAGAGGAACGAUGCAUGUGGGCGUUUUCGGGGAGAGAGAAGACAGGCUGUGAGGGCCGAGCUGGCGGGAGACGGCAACGGGACGGCGCAGGGCGGAGACAGGGGCUGGGGAGUCGAAGAGAAGAUCUUGGAGAGGCUGCGAAAGUCUUCAUGUGGAGGGGCGAAGGAGACAGCGAAGCAAAGAGUGGCGGAAUCCGACGGGGAGGAGCUUCAGCUGAAAGCGACAACGGCGGAGCGAGAAGGUCGGACGCAGGGUACAGAGAACGAUGCGACUCAAAAAAAGAAGGCACAGUGCACGAAGCAAAUGAUGGAGCGAGGAGCAAGGGAAGAAGCACGUGGAAGACGGGGCGAAGAGAGAGGUCUAGGUGGUGCAUCUGCAUUGGAAGAGGGAGCGAAAGAAGACAAGAGGUUCCGAGACAGCCCGCAGGUCUGCCGGACCGGGGAGGCGGCCUCCGCCAAGAGUCUCUUUUCAACCGACUCCGAUUCUGUGGCCAGCGGUCUGUCGAAAGAGACACUGCCCUUCGACUGGCCUGGCAAGGCAGCGUCUUCUCUUGCCUCGCCGUGCUGUCUGUCUGUGGCGUCUCCUACGCAGCUUGCAUCCUUGUCGACGGCAGCCGCACUGCCUUCUCUUCUGUCAACGGUGCCUGUCCCUCUCGCCUCUGAAGGCACUGAAAUGCUCUUUCUCGAGGCCGACUCGGCGUUUGGGGACACCACUGCCUUCUCUUCCGCCCCCUCAUCCUUUUGUUCCUCCUCUAAUCUUUCGUCAUCUCAUUCGUCCUCUUUGGCACCCACGGCGGCUUCGUCUGCCACCUUUUCUUCAGUGUGUCCUCUGAGCUCGGGCACUGCAGGAGGUUUCUCCCCUUCUCCGGCCUGCCGCUCCGGUGCCUCUCCGGCGCCCGCAGCGCAGGAAGGGACAAGGCCGCGCCGCCCCUGUGGCGGAAGCCAGCGGCGAGUCGACGCGCAGCGAGGCAGCGAGACUUGGAACCAGAGAUCAGAUCUCGGCGGUCGUCAGGGCGACGCUCCGCCGUUUCGUCGAGCAGGCCUACCCAUCGGGGGCGCAAAUGGCCAAGGGAAGGAAAGAGCCGAGGAAGGCCCUGCCCCGGAGUCGCUGUCCCCUUUGGCUGGUAACGCCUCUCCCCAGGUGUCUUUGUCUGUUCAUUCCGACGCGCCUUCUCCCCGUAUCGCGCCUUCGCUCUCUGCUGCGUCUGCUUGCUGUCAAGCCGUUCCCCUGGGCUUGCCGGUCUGUGAGGCCGCCGGCGCAGGUGUUUUUUCCCAGCGGUCCUCUCAGGCCGGAGAGAGAAACGCGUCUCUCCCGCCGUCUGCGAGAAACCGCAGAGGCGCGCCGGAACCAGACUUUGUCCGCCUUCUGGAUGGGGCCCGCGAGUCUCUCGGGGGCCGCGCCCGCGCUUUUCCGCAGGCUGGCAGCCUGCGGUCUUUCCGACCGGAAGAGGAAAGGACGUGCGGAGCCUCUGCGACUUUUUCGGCGUUUCCGCUUCUGGCCGCGGUCGCGCGGGGACUGAGGGAAAACAGCGGAAUGCCGGGAAUCUCUUCCUCGCUUCCAGACAGCGAAGUGGACAGUCACACAGACUCCGAGAGCGACGACGACGCGCGAGCGCGAGGCCAAGAGCAGACGAGCAGAGACAGCCUCCUUGGUUCAGAGAUAAUGGCAACGGGAGACAACUGGGAAUCGAAAGGCUUCUGCGAGAAGAGGGGAAACCUCUGUGUGCCGCAGUGGAGCGCCCGGCGGCGUCCGAGGCGAGUGGAUGCCUCACGGCGACACGGUGGCAGGGGGGGGCCGCCUGCGGGAAGAGAGAACGUGGGGUUUUCUCGGAAGAAAGAGAGGCAAAAAGACUGGCGAGAACCGAAGGGCGAGCAUGCCCUUGCAGGGUUCGUGUGGCAGAGAGGACACCUGCCGCCCGGAGCUUCUCGCUUUUUCCCGUCGCCUUUUACAGCGUUCUUCUCCAGCGUGUUGACGCAAAGCGAAGAUUGCGAUUCGUUCGCACAGGCGCUCUCGCGCCUGCUCGCCUCGCUCGUCGGGGAGCCGGCGAGGAGGCCUGAAGAUCCGCAGCGACGCGCAGACUCGCUGGGGGCGAGCGAGAGAAGAGAGACAGGCGAGCGUCUCCGAGCUUUGCCGUGCGAGAAGGGGGGGAGCGAAGCGGUGCGGAAGUGGUGGCGAAUCCAGGGAUCCCUGCUGACGAUAGCCGCCUCUCCCGCGGAAAUCUUCGCCGAGGCGUCGAUCUACGUCGGGGACUUGUGCUGCGUCUUGGGAGACCGCGAGGAGAGCGAAGAAACGGGAGAAGAUGCAGAGAAGACGUGCAGGGGUUGUGGGCUCGGCCACGUUGAAAAGGAGGACGGAGAGGGAAGCGAAGGCGGGGACGGAAGCCUUCGAGGGAUCUGGAGAGAGAAGGCAAGACCAGGAAGGGGAGCAAACGUGAUGGACGAUGAAGAGAUUGAAGGAGAGGAAGGCUUUCCGGCCGAAGGCAAGACGCUGUGGCAUGACCUCGACUAUGAAUGGAUCGACGCGGACGAAACGACGCUUCGAGAUCCCCGAUGCCGCUUGAUUUUGUGGUUUCGGUGCAUCGCUGCCGUUGUGCUGCGCCCUCCUGGAUUCUUACGAACCUGCUUCAGAACGCGCCAGAGUUGCGGCCGCAGAAAGUGCACCCGGGACCUGACCAGAGCCUGGGAGCCUUGGGGGCUUGCGGCGUCUGUCUCCCGUCUCCUGCCUCGUUGCCGCGUGCGGAGUUCCGCCCCGCUCGCCGGACCCGAGAAAUACGAGAGUGCAUGCGCAGCCUUCAAAAAGCGACUCACGCUCGUGGCCGCCACCACGAGGGGCGUGACUGUGGCGAGGGCCCCCAUCACUUCUUCUCUCUUCCACCUGCUCGACGCAACAGGAUUCAAAGCCGAAGAGGAGUCGGAAGAGCCCGAAGCUGAAUUCAGCGGAUUUGUCAGGGCCCCGCCGCUAUUGAGCGGGUACAGCAACGGCAGCGCGAGUCGCGAAUGCAGGAGCUGGGCGAGAACAUCUGCACGCGCAAAGAGAGAAUGGAGACGCUCCGGAGAGAACGGCGGAGCCCCGAGGGCCGAAGAAGAAGGUGGGGCCGAAGAAGAAGGUGGGGCCGAAGAAGAAGGUGGGGCCGAAGAAGAAGGUGGGGCCGAAGAAGAAGGUGGGACUGAAGAAGAGGCAAGAGAGCGAGUGGCACGUGAGGCAUCCCGAUUCAAGGAAGACGAUGAAGGGGAGGCUUCAGCGGGAGACGCAGAUGAAGAAAAGGGACAGGCAGAGGAAGGCAGACAUGUUCGGCGGGUUUGA